UCGGAGGCCUCCGCCGAGGCUCCUCCGGCUGUGUGAGGCCUCGUCCGGGGCGGCUGCUCCGACUGGGUCCUGGAGGCCCGGCGUUGGCGCUCCGUAGGUGGCGAGGAGAAGAGGACGGCGCCGGAAGGCCAUUGGUUUUGGGGGCGGGGAAUUAGGGAACCUAGAGACCUUUGAAUUUUUCAUGGUUUUAGAAGCUCAUAUUUUUAUUCCCAAAUCGCCCUUCCGUGGCAUGUUAGUUGUGAUGAAUAAAGCUCCCUGACUUGUUUAAUUUUUGGAAAAGUGAUGCAUGGCAUGUAUUUUAGGGGAAGAACGGAGUGCAAUUGGUAGCAUACCGUUUUCCUUAAAAAUUUCGUUCUCUAGCGUUUACUGAAAACUCACUGUGUAAGGUUGUAUACGCCUUAAGGACAAGGCCUUGUGUUAUAGGGAUCUUUUGAGGGUCCUUUCCUAAACUCACAACACCACAUAUAUUCACAUAUAUGUUUCCGUAGCUCUUUAGAUGUUUGUAGGAUGAAUGGGUAACUGCACACCGAAGCUGUGCACCCAUUGGCCAACUAGUGGACUUUUGGGGGAAACUAGAAAGGAAGUAGAGGAGGCACUUAUCUUGAAUUUACAGUAUAAGAGGUAAAAGUCCGCAACGCAGGAGUAGACAUGUAGCAGACAAAAGCAUUGCUUGAACCUGAAUGCACUCCAAGUCAAAUUUUUAGAAGUUAUCAAACCUUUCUGUGCAGUAUUACCAGAAAUUCAGAAACCUGAAAGAAAAAUCCAGUUUAGAGAGAAGGUACUAUGGACUGCUAUAACUCUCUUCAUUUUCUUAGUAUGUUGUCAGGAACUUUAAUGGAAUUGGGUAUCUCCCCAAUUGUAACAUCGGGUUUGAUUAUGCAGUUGUUAGCUGGAGCCAAAAUUAUUGAAGUUGGAGAUACACCCAAAGACAGAGCUUUAUUCAAUGGAGCCCAGAAACUAUUUGGUAUGAUCAUUACCAUCGGGCAAGCCAUUGUAUACGUCAUGACGGGCAUGUAUGGGGACCCUGCCGAAAUGGGUGCUGGAAUCUGUCUCCUUAUCAUUAUUCAGUUGUUUGUUGCUGGUUUGAUUGUGCUGCUGUUAGAUGAGCUGCUACAGAAGGGUUACGGCCUGGGGUCUGGUAUUUCCCUCUUUAUUGCCACCAACAUCUGUGAAACCAUUGUCUGGAAGGCCUUUAGUCCCACUACUAUUAACACUGGCCGAGGUACCGAGUUUGAGGGUGCAGUCAUAGCCCUCUUUCAUUUACUGGCCACCAGGACAGACAAAGUCCGAGCUUUAAGGGAGGCUUUCUACCGUCAGAACUUACCCAAUCUCAUGAACCUCAUUGCUACCGUUUUUGUGUUCGCUGUUGUUAUAUAUUUCCAGGGAUUUCGUGUUGACUUGCCCAUUAAGUCGGCCCGCUAUCGAGGACAGUACAGUAGCUAUCCCAUUAAGCUCUUCUAUACCUCGAACAUUCCCAUUAUUCUUCAGUCAGCCUUGGUGUCAAACCUGUACGUUAUUUCCCAGAUGCUAUCUGUUCGGUUUAGUGGCAACUUUUUAGUUAAUUUACUAGGACAGUGGGCGGACGUUAGUGGAGGAGGGCCUGCUCGCUCUUACCCAGUGGGAGGCCUGUGUUAUUACCUGUCUCCUCCUGAGUCCAUGGGCGCCAUCUUUGAGGAUCCUGUCCAUGUGGUUGUUUAUAUCAUCUUCAUGCUGGGGUCAUGUGCAUUCUUUUCUAAGACGUGGAUAGAAGUAUCUGGUUCCUCAGCUAAAGAUGUAGCUAAACAGCUUAAAGAACAGCAAAUGGUAAUGAGGGGCCACAGAGAUACCUCUAUGGUUCAUGAGCUUAAUAGGUAUAUCCCCACUGCAGCUGCGUUCGGUGGGUUGUGCAUUGGCGCCCUGUCGGUGCUGGCCGACUUCCUCGGGGCCAUCGGCUCUGGCACUGGAAUUCUGCUCGCAGUCACUAUUAUAUAUCAGUAUUUUGAAAUAUUUGUUAAGGAGCAGGCUGAAGUAGGCGGGAUGGGUGCUUUGUUUUUCUAAAUGUUCCAAUACUUCUGUUAGCGUGAAAGGGAAAACAUUUUGACACAUUGUGUUUGUCAAAUGACACAGGUUCCCCUUUUCUCCCCUCAGUUUGUUUUCAAGUGCUAACUGCCCCGUUUCUGGAAUGGGCACCAAGCUAAGCCUGUGUGCAGCAUUAGUACCAGCUGCCUUAAAACUAAAGUUUACAUUACUCGUUAGAAAACGUACAAGCAGUGUUGCCUGUGAUGCUGGAAACCAGUGUACCUGCCUUGCCAUGUUCAGGGGUGACGGUGAGAUGGUGACGGGGGUCAGUUUUGCACACAACAUUCACAACACUCAGUAUUCCCCCCACUUGUUUAAAAAUAAACAUAGUUCAAAUUGCCACUUUUCAGUAUUUUGGGGCUUAUUUCAUGAGUUCUGGAACAUUUAUAUCUAAUCUAUAUUUUAGAUAUAAUUACUUUUUAUACUUUUUAAACUCAGUGUCCACGUUCCAACCCUCCCUCCCCGUCUCUCCCCUUUUAUUUGUCCCCUCUCAAAGCAGACACUUAGCCCAGAUGGGCAAGAUCAAGUUUCAGACUUGUCAUUGGAAAGCACUGCUUGUAGUCACUGUUCCUGUUUUCCAUUCUUCUUCCUUCCCAGUGACAGCACAGUCGGUGCUGUUUUUACUGUAUUGGCUAUGCCUUCGAAUUCCAAGUCACUUGAGAAUGCUUUCAGAUACUAUGCCCUCCGUGGGUUUUUUUUUUGUUUUUUAAUCCCUAAAGCAGAUAUAAUUCUCAAGCAAUGUCUGUAGUUCAGUGGGGGUGAACAAUGAGUAAAUUCAUGCUAGGAAUCUGUGUACAUUAUUGUACUUUAUAGCAGCAACAUGAGUGUAAACAGUAGACAAUAAACUUUUAUUUAAUACAACUGUUUCAGUUACGUUGGGAAAAUAAAAAAAUAUGCUAUCAAA